AUGAGUCGGACGCCUCUCACGCGAGUCGCGGUUCCCAUCCGGGCCCGAGUCGCCCAUCUUGGUAGUCUGCUCCGUCCGGACCGCCGCAACCAAAUCGAACACGCCCGCCCCCGGUCCGCCGCCCCGACGGACCUCCACGGUGGUCGGCGGGAGUUCCGCGAUUACUUUGUCACCCAUCUCCCCUCCUCCUCGCUCCACCCAGACCCCCGGAGCGCCUUCAGUUCUUUCCACAAACUCCCGCGGGCCGACUCCGUCCCGCACACCGGGGACACCCCGCGCACCCCGGCCACCUUCCAGACCCUGGUCAACCGCGAGACCACCGUCGUGCGCAUCCCCCUGCGUAAUGCGAAACAUCAUUUCGGCGCGUCCACCGCCCGCGGCACGCGGCCCACCAACGAGGAUACCUGGCAGGCCGGCGUCCUCGACAUCCCCGCCUUCGCCAAGCGGCCCCCGCCUCCCGGCGACCCCCAGGUCUUCUACUUCGGCAUCUUCGACGGCCAUGGGGGCACCGACUGCAGCACCUACCUGCAGCAACAGCUGCACGAGUACAUCCAGAACACCGCCGCCGCCGUCGAACUGCAGUCCAGCCUCCCCCGCGACGCCUGCCUCCGAGACUCGGGCCCGGGCACGGGCGACCGACCCAUCGUCCAGGGCGGCAACACCGCCCGCGCCGCCGAGCUGGAGCGGCGACUCGUCCAGCGGUGGCGCUCCCUCGUGGGCGGCUACUUCCGACGCUACGUGCCCGCCCACUUCGCCCACCUCGCGGACCCCGCCGCCGGGUCUGGCGCCGCCGACCGCACGCACGGCGUGACGAUCGAGGAGAUCCUCGAGUACGCCUUCCUGCGCGCCGACCUGGAGUUCGUUGCGGCGCAGGCCGCCCGGCAGACGGACGACGAGCUGGCCCAGGUCGGCCGGCCCGUCGCCCAGGACCAGAUCCUCUACGGGCCACGGCACCCCCGAGUGACGGGCGACGGGGCGCGGGGUCGGUUCAAGGGCGGCAGCACGGCCAGCGUCGCCCUGAUCUCGACGCCGACGCCCACGCCCUUUUGGCACCCGGACAGCGCGGCCAGCCUGCUGGUGUCGCACGUGGGCGACACGCGGAUGCUGCUGUCCUCGACGGUGACGGGGGAGGCGGUGGCGCUGACGACGGACCACCACCCGUCGGCGCCGGUGGAGGCGACCCGACUGCGGCGGUACGCGGCGACGUUCGUGACGGACUCGUUCGGCGAGGAGCGCAUCAGCGGGCUGGCCAACACGCGGGCGUUCGGCGACGUGCAGUCGAAGCGCAUCGGCGUGUCGGCGGAGCCGGAGAUCCGACGGGUCGAGAUGGCGCCGGCCGAGUACGCCUUUUUGGUGCUGGUGUCGGACGGGGUCAGCGGCACGCUGUCGGACCAGGAGGUGGUGGACAUCGUCAAGGAGGCCAAGACGCCCGAGGCGGGGGCCCGCGCCGUGGUGGAUCUAGCUACUGAGGUGAGUCGCGAAGGCGACAACGCGACCUGCCUGGUGGUGCGACUCGGCGGGUGGGAGCGACGACAAGAGGGGGGCGUUGGUAGUUUGGGGACGAAGGAGACUCGCGACUGGCGCCGCCAGGAGGCGACAGAUCCACGACGGUCACGACGGUGA